CGGGACGAGCCGGGCAGGGAGGGAAGGGGAAAAAGGAGGGAAGAAGAGAGGGAAAAAGGGAGGGAGCAGCGGUGCCGCGGCUGCCCCCGGGACCGCACCGCCGCCGCCAUGGAGACGCUGUACCGCCUGCCCUUCGCCGUGCUUGAGUGCCCCAACAUCAAGCUGAAGCGGCCGGGCUGGGUGCACAUGCCCUCGGCCAUGACCGUGUACGCGCUGGUGGUCGUGUCCUACUUUCUCAUUACCGGAGGAAUUAUCUAUGACGUGAUCGUGGAGCCUCCCAGCGUGGGGUCGAUGACAGACGAACACGGACAUCAGAGGCCGGUGGCCUUCCUGGCGUACAGAGUAAAUGGACAGUAUAUUAUGGAAGGCCUCGCAUCCAGCUUCCUCUUCACAAUGGGUGGCCUAGGAUUCAUAAUUCUGGAUCGAUCCAAUGCACCAAAUAUCCCCAAGUUGAAUAGAUUUCUUUUGCUCUUUAUUGGAUUUGUCAGCGUGCUUUUGAGCUUCUUCAUGGCCAGAGUUUUCAUGAGGAUGAAAUUACCGGGCUACUUGAUGGGUUAGUACCUCUUGUGGUGUGUGAAAGCUCAAGCUGAAUUUACUUCUCUUCAUGAAAUGUUUAAGAAGAAACAGGAAGAAACAAGUUCCAUAGUCACCAUCAACAACAGCAAAGAGACCUGGCCAUGAGAAACAACUACAGAAGGAGUGCUUCCUCUGCAAACAAACUCUCGCUACCAAUGGCUGAUUUGUAGUACUCCAGCAAUGUUUUAUCAUUUCUGAUGUAGAGCUUUUGAAAAAGAGAAGUUACCUAGCUGAGUAUUUCUUUUAUAUCCCAACUCAGUAUGAAGUUACCUUUAGCUCUACCUAAAAUGAGUAUUUGCCAUUGACUUGACAGUUCUUUGUUGCAGGUCUGUCUCCUCUUCCCUGUGUGGCACAAUUACAUGUGUGAAUCAGAGAAGAAACACCUGAAACAAUAUUUCCAGGUUAUAAUCAGAAAAUUAGUAACUUUGGAUGUUUCACAGCUGAAAUACCAUGUGUCUGAAAUUAUUUCAAAGGCACCUUUUGCCUUGAUAUUAAUGGCUCUAUGUGAGCAAAUCCAGACGUGCACUGGGAAAGGCAAACUGUAUGAAUGUGCAUUUUUUUUUUUAAGAAAAAGUGUACAAAAGGAGCCAAAUAAAACUUAUUUUCUACAAAAUUAUUUUAAUU